AUGAUUAACAUAUAGCCUAGGACUAGACAAGAAAGAGAAGCGUUGCGAGACAAGGAUAGAAUAGAGAAGAGCAGGGUCGAUUUGAGAGUUGGAUUUGAGGCGAGAGGAUUGGGAGUCGGAACCUUGAUCCACCAGGCACCUCCUUAAUCUACCUUAUAUGUCCCAGGUAUGGAUAGAGUAAUUUUAGAAAAUGAGAGAUUUGACAAGGACUUUGCAGUAGCAGAUAAAAAGCAAAGAGAACACGAGGUUUGGCAGAGGGAGAAGAUCAUUGAAAGAAAGAGAUGGGAGGGAUUGGAUAGGGAAACUAGGAAGUGGGAUUAUUAGGAGAAGGUGGAGACAAAGGAUUAAGUAAAACUAAUGAGUCACACCCAAUAAUUAACUCAAGGGAAGAGAAAUUCAAAUGGGCUGGCCUAUAAUCCAAUUACUUUAAAAUAUGAUAACAGUGAAUAAGGCAAUUUAUUGAGACAAUAUGAUGACAAGGCAAAAGUGAGAUAGUUUGUGAGGGCACAUAAUUUGGAUGCAAGAGGAAACACUGGGUUUAAUAUUUUGACUGGAGAAUAAAGGGGAGGUGUAGAUCAAAUAGUGCCCAAUCAUUUGCGAUCUAAUUAUCAACAGAGACUAAGAGAUGUAGAUGAACAAUAGAAUAUUAAACACUAUGCUAUUUAAUAAUAGUUAUUGAAUUAGUAUGAAUGA